AUGCCACUCACAAACCUCCCUCCGUACAACGAACAGAACACCAAGAACUGGUUUCUGCAGUUGGAAGCCAUUUUCUCUGUACGGAGAAUAACGUCACAGGAAGCAAAAUUCGCCAACGUGGUACAAGUUUUGCCACCUUCAGUUGUCGACGAAGUAGCCGACAUUUUGGAACAUGUACCCGAGCAGGAGCCAUAUACUCGCCUCAAGGAUGCGAUUUUGAAACGAACCGGCCGUUCGGACGAGGAACUGCUCCGGGAACUUUUUACCCACGUCACCAGGGGCGACAGAACACCCUCACAGCUUCUACGCUUCAUGAGGAGCCGACUGGGGAAACAUUCCAUAGCCGAAUCAAUCUUGCGCGAACUGUGGAUGGACAAGUUACCCACUACAAUAACGCAGAUAUUGGCACAAAUCGCUGACAGUACUCCACUAGACCAGUUAGCAAACUCCGCUGACCGCAUCGCAACUAAACUGGACCAAGGAGUGUGUGCCGUGCAGCGCCCAGACGACACACCAGCCAAAGACACGGAUCUGGAAAAGGCAGUAGCUGACCUGCAACAUCAUCUGCAGGAUAUACGAAUGCUCCUUUCCCGCAAAUCGAGAGGCCCGAUGCUGGCGGUUGGCGACGGAGAGCGCGGAGUACCAGCAGGGAUCGACGAGUCGACCCGGAAUUAUGCUGGUACCAUCACAGAUUCGGCACCAGGGCAAGGAAUUGCUCGGCACCCUGCAAAUACAGCUCCAAAACCAAGUCGGAAAACUAAACAGCCGGCGGGUAGGAGCGGCAGAACCCCCCGGCAAAAACAUACGAAGCCGCCUUUUCUACUGGACACAGGAGCAGCAAUCAGCGUGAUACCCCACAAAGAACAGCAAGACCGAAAGGCGACCCCGUAUAAGCUCCAGGCAGCAAACGGCUCGACGAUCGAGACAUAUGGAGCCAAGACACUGACUCUUAACAUCGGCAUGCGGCGUGAUUUUACCUGGACUUUCACCCAGGCAGACGUAAAAACGCCAAUACUCGGGGCAGAUUUCCUGGCCCAUUAUGAUCUAGCCGUGCAUAUGAAUACGAGGACUUUAUCAGACAAUACCACGAACAUUGCUGUUAAAGGCACCCUCUCUCGACACAACACCACUGGAAUCAGUGUAACAACUUGCCACGGACGAGAGUACAUCGAGAUCCUAAACAGAUACCCGGACCUCAUUCAACCACUCGCAGGUACCGGUCCGGCAAAACACCAAACACAGCACCAAAUAAAGACCAGUGGACAGCCAACAUUUUCCCACCCACGACGACUUCCUCCUCAUAAGCUGGAAUACGCCCAAAAGGAAUUUAACAAUAUGCUGAAGGACGGAUUCAUACGACCCUCCGAUAGCCCAUACGCCUCACCCCUACAUCUCGUACCUAAACCGGGAAGCACAGACUUUAGGGUAUGCGUCGAUUAUAGCUAUCCGGUCCCGCACAUACACGAUUUCGCCUCAGGGUUGCAGGGCACUCGCGUCUUUUUGAAGAUAGACCUAACUAAGGCUUACCACCAGAUUCCCAUAGCUCCGGAGGACAUCCCAAAGACCGCCGUAACCACUCCCUUUGGUCUCUUCGAAUACCUCAAGAUGCCCUUUGGCCUGAGGAAUGCAGCACAAGCGUUUCAAGGCUUCAUAGAUGAGGUACUGCGAGGCCUAACGUACGCAUAUGCCUACAUCGAUGACUUAAUAGUAGCCAGCACAGAUGAAAACACACACAAACAACAUCUAAACGAAGUGUUCCAAAGGAUAGCACUUUAUGGACUCCGGCUGAACAUCGACAAAUGCACUUUCGGGGCAUCUGAGUCUACCCAAGGACGAACUGACUACACCAGCGCUGUCCGCGUCGAUCCUCUCUCUCCUCAAGUGCCGACGCGCUCUUUAAUCAAGUACAGACAUCCAGGGAUCGACUGGACCUCGAACACCGCUAUUCAAUCGGCCUACCUCCAAGCUGUCGCCUUGAAACCUGACAACGUUCCUUCAAAACUACACGACCGAACUACCACAAACGAUUAUUUGUAUAUACUUGUGCCAGAUUAUUUAAUAAAAUUUGGCUUAAACUUUUACAUCCUCGUCUUUGUUGUCCUUGCUUCGAUCGUAUUACCCUAUAUUAUUUUUCUGCUUGAGGGGUUAACAGUCAACCUGCUUAGCGCCGCAACAAGCCCGCCUGCUGAAGCGGUUUACAGGGUUUGGCGCGAGGAGCUUUAA